AUGAAUAGAAAUGUUUUAUUUAAGUUUUUUGAUCCUGUUACUUUAGCAGGAGAUCCAAUCAGAGGAGAAUGUUACAUUAGAAUAACAGAAGAAAUACCAAAGGCUUAAAUAGUUUUGACUUUUUAAACCAAAAUGUAUUCAAAGAUAAUUGAAAAAAAGUAGGUAAUUAUAUAGAUUUGUAUCUUAAGAUACCUUAUGAUCAAAGUAAUCCUUAAAUGAUUCCAGAAAAAUUAGUUGAGAAAGCUCAAAGAAUAUAAGUGACUCUAGAUUCACCAUUUAGAUAACCAAAGCAAACUUAAAAGAAAUAUGAGCUUAAUGGUGAUAUCAUGUAUAGAGUAAUUAGACAUUAUGGAACACAUGAAUCUUUUGUUUACACAUAAGAAUUAUAUACUGGAUAAGUGAAAACAGGAGAUUAUAAAUUUUAAUUUAGUAUUCCUACUUAAUAUAAUAUGUCUUCAAGUUUUUAGUAUAAAAAUGAAGAUGGUAUCUAUUUAACUUUAAAUUAGGAUUAAAAUAAGCAAAAUGUGGUUAUAAAGUAACAUUAAGAGUUGAUUUACCUGAUGAAGCUAGUACAUUGAUGAUGGAAAGUGCUGAUGUUUUUAUUAAUGGAAGAGUGUCUUCAGAAUGUGAACAAUUUAGAUAAUGUGAAGGGAAUAUCGUUUAAUAUUUAUGUUUAAAUCGAGGAACUGUUGAGUUAUCUUUGAAAUUAAACAAAAAUAAUUUCAUUCCUGGAGAACAAAUACAAAUAGAAUACACAUUAGAUAAUACUCGUUCUUAAAGAUCAAUUAGUAGAGUAGAAGCUAGAUUGAUUAAUAAACUCACAUUUAUUGAUGAUGAUGAAAUUGAAAGAAUUAUAGAAAAUGUUAAAGUAUUCCAAUAGAAUUUAGGUGGUGUUAAUUCUGGUUAAAAAUUAGAAAGACAAAAUGCUUCAUUAGAAAUACCUAAAAAUUUAAGAGCUACUAUUAAAACUAAUGUUAUUAGAAAUUAAUACUUUUUGUAAAUGGAAGCUAUUGCUGUAUUGAAAUGAUCUUAAUCACAAAUAGGAUGCCUUCUUAACUUGGUUGUCAGUUCCAGUUAUUUGCCAAAUCCCAAUAAAUAUUCAGGAAUCUCAAUUACCUUAGAAAAUUAAUUUGGAAGGAUGGAAUUUUUUACCUAUCAUGAAUGUAUCAGUCAAUGCAUUUUCCAAUCUAACUGUUCAAUAGUCAUUUGUACCAACAUGA